CACCGGGCCAGCUGAGGAUGCUUGUUGUUUCUAGAAAUAGGAUUAAUCACCGGGCCGAGCGUUGAUCCUCCUCCGGCACACCGAGCGCACCUCUCUCCGCUGCAGCUGUCCCGACCGAGGGCGCGUUUCGCCUGUCUGGCCCGGUCUGCCCGAGGCUGUUUGCGUGUUGUAUGCUCUCCCCCCUCUUCCUCUAUUCCCUUAUGCAGGGCCGGGGAGGGGUGAGCCAAAGUGUGCACCGGAUAUUGGAAAACCCAUUCUUCUUGCUGAUGCUGUUGUGAUAAUAGAUUAUUAUCCGGACAACGCCGCAUCUGCACACAGAGAGACAGAUCCUGACCAAACGAGGCCUGGCUCGAGAAGAAACGGGAAUGCAUGAUCUUGGAAGGAUUAUGAAAACAUUUUUGGACCGUAGCGGUAGCGAGGAGGGGGUCCCUGAUAUCGAUCAGAGAAUGGAUUCAAUCAGGGCAUUCUGACUUGGGAUAUCUGAGACUCUGCUCCUACAGAAAUCAAUCCGUGGCAAAUGUAGCCUUCCUGUCCAGGUCUGAAAGAGAUCUUUCUUUCCUGCUCCACUUUUGGCCAGCUGCAUAAGCUACAUAGGAUCAAUUAGCUUUAAACUACUGUUAUUUAUAGCAGGGGGUGGGUUUGGCAUCUCCCAUCCCUGGCACCGGUCAAACCUCACACGUCCUCCUCUUUCUGAUCGUUUCUACCUUCCCCCUGAAUGAUGCUGCUUUCUGUGCUGAAAUAAAAGAGACACAACCCGAGACUGGGGAAUACUUUAUUCUAGGCCUUAUAGAGUGGAAACUGGGCCGGUUCUCACUCCAAGCACGGACCUGACCGCAUGACAAACAAGUGCAUGGGAGUAGCCUGCAGGGCCCGGCUUUAGAUCACGACCAGUCCUCCGUACCUCUCCUCUCCUCUCCUCUGCUCUCCUCUCCAGCGCCGUAUAGCCGCCUGUGAUGUGCGUUACGGCGUUACGCACGGAGCAGGAGCGACCGCUAUCUUGAUCUGCCUUAUAACACAAUUACAUCUCGCUAAGGAUGAGCAGCAAGGAGCUGACGCUGGUCCAGUCCAACCAGUAUGUGGGGCCUUACAGGCUGGAGAAGACCCUGGGGAAGGGGCAGACAGGACUGGUGAAGUUGGGUGUCCACUGUAUAACAGGGCAGAAGGUGGCCAUAAAGAUUGUCAACAGGGAGAAACUCUCCGAAUCAGUUCUAAUGAAGGUGGAAAGAGAAAUAGCUAUUCUUAAACUAAUAGAGCACCCUCACGUUCUGAAGCUUCAUGAUGUCUAUGAGAAUAACAAAUACCUGUACCUGGUGUUGGAGCACGUGUCUGGCGGAGAGUUAUUCGACUACCUGGUGAAGAAGGGCAGGCUGACCCCCAAAGAGGCCAGGAAGUUCUUCAGACAAAUCAUCUCCGCCCUUGACUUCUGCCACAGUCACUCCAUAUGUCACAGAGACCUGAAGCCAGAGAAUCUUCUCCUGGAUGAGAAGAACAACAUCAGGAUAGCAGACUUCGGCAUGGCCUCACUACAAGUCGGCGACAGCCUGUUGGAAACCAGUUGUGGAUCCCCACAUUAUGCUUGCCCAGAGGUCAUAAGGGGGGAGAAGUACGACGGUCGCAGGGCAGAUGUUUGGAGUUGUGGCGUCAUCCUCUUUGCUCUUCUUGUGGGUGCCCUGCCCUUUGACCAUGAUAACCUGCGUCAGCUUCUAGAGAAAGUAAAGAGCGGGGUAUUCCACAUGCCCCACUUUAUACCUCCUGACUGCCAAGCUUUGCUUAAAGGAAUGAUAGAGGUCAACGCUGACAAGAGACUCACGCUAGAAGCAAUACAGAAACACUCCUGGUACCAGGGUGGUCGUAAUGAGCCUUGCCCAGAGCAGCCGCCCCCCCGCAGGGUGUGUGUGAAGAGGAUCCUGUCCUUAACAGAUCUGGACCCUGACGUCCUGGAAAGCAUGUACUCCUUAGGGUGCUUCAGAGACCGGGUCAAACUCACACAGGACCUUACAAGUGAGGAGGACAACCAGGAGAAGAUGAUCUACUACCUCCUGUUGGACAGGAAAGAGCGAUACCCCAGCUGUGAAGACGAGGAUCUGCCACCCAGAAAUGACAUAGAUCCACCAAGGAAGCGUGUGGACUCACCCAUGCUGACACGUCAUGGCCGCUGUCGUCCAGAGAGGAAGAGCCUGGAGGUCCUCAGUGUCACAGAACAGGGGUCUCCCACCCCACCUCGCAGGGCCCUGGACACUAACGCACACAGCCAGAGGUCUCGUUCAGUCAGUGGAGCAUCUACAGGUCUGUCCUCCAGUCCCCUCAGCAGUCCCAGGAGCCCGGUCUUCACUUUCAGCCAACCAGAAGUCACCCCCACCUCCGCUUCCUCCUCAAAAGACCCCAAACCAGGAAGUGCCACCACCUCUCGGCCUACCCGCCAGGCGCCUGACCCAAAAACCCAGACCCUGCCCUCAAAGGGCCCAACUGACCGGCCCCCGCUCCACUCCAUGAAGUCCCUCCCUCUCCAGACUCCACGCUCUCCUUCCCCGUCCCCGUCCCCACUCCUCUCCCCCAUUCCACGCUUCUUCAACUUCCCUUCUCCGUCUGUGUUCAAGUCCAAGAACGUCCACUCGUCCUCUAACUCCUCUGCUACCCCUCCUCCUGUGUCGCAGGUCACGCCGCAGGGCUCACCGCUGCCCACCCCGCUGGGCACACCUGUGCACCAAAUCCAACACCCUUCCUCCACCACCCCGCCCUCCUCUUCCUCCUCGUCUUCUUCUUCCAGAGUGGACGGAGCCGGCGGGGUCUCGCUGUCACUGACCCCGCCCUCCAGCCCGGGCGGCAGUGGCAGCCUGGCUGCCUCGAGCUCCGGCCACUGGAGAACAAGGCUCAACUCGUUCAAAAACAACCUCCUGGGCUCGCCACGCUUCCAUCGGCGCAAACUACAAGUCCCUACAUCAGAGGACAUGUCCAGUUUGACUCCGGAGUCCAGUCCAGAACUGGCUAAGAGGUCCUGGUUCGGUAACUUCAUCAGCCUGGAUAAAGAGGAGCAGAUCUUUAUUUUGAUUCAAGACAAGCCGCUUAGCUCUAUCAAGGCCGACAUCGUCCAUGCCUUUCUCUCUAUCCCAUCCCUGAGCCACAGUGUGGUGUCUCAGAACAGUUUCCGGGCAGAGUACAAGUCCUCCGGCGGCCCCUCUGUCUUCCAGAAGCCUGUCAAGUUCCAGGUGGACAUUGCUUUCUCUGAGGGAGAGAGGGAGCGAGAGAGGGAACGAGCAGAGAGAGAGGGAAGAAGAGAGAUGGGCAUCUACAGCGUCACCUUCACUCUAAUAACAGGUCCCAGCCGCAGGUUCAAGAGAGUGGUGGAAACCAUUCAGGCUCAGCUCCUGAGUAGUCAUGAUCAGCCUUCUGUGCAGGCACUGGCUGAUGAGAAGAAUGGUCAGCUUUCACGCCAGCCCAGCACUCCUUCGCGUCAGAACUCCCGCCGUUCUGAAAGCGGAUCCGAGCGGGAACGGGAGCGGGGAGAGAAGGAGCAAGUGGCAGACGGGGGGAGCGGAAGUGGGAGCAGCACCGGGGCCGUCUUACAAAGGCGAGGGUCGGGUAAGGACAAGACCAGACUCCUCUCAUCGUCCAACGGGACGCAAUCUCAUCCCUGAAAAGAAUGUUGUGGAAGAGGGGCGAGGGUCAUCUGCCUAGCCUUUUUCUCUUCCUUCCCUCAGUCCUUUCCUCCACUAUUUCCUUCCUUCCUGCCUUGCUUCAUACCAUUAUUCCAAAGCAAUGGGAUAGAGGACAGGAAUGUUUUUCCUUGAAGCUGAUCUAGGGAUAUUGCGGAGAAUUCCCCAUAAAUGGCUGAUUUUAGCAGAAAUGUAUGUUUGUGGGGAUGACAGAGGCAGGUUGAACUGAUCUCUGGUCAGCCUUCAAGGGCCGCUUCACCCUGGAAGUGAUAAGUCCAAAGACUGGACGUCCAAAAAGUCCCACCUUACCAGAGAAACACAGGAAAAGCUCAAAGCCAGGGAAACACAUAGUUCGCCCACUUCGACGAAUCAAGAAAGCACAUGACAUUCCCACUGACCAAUCACAUGCAACACGUAGUUCAUAUCCAACAGGAAACCUCCCAUCAGUCCGUCAAAAUGGCGCAGGAAGAUACUGGCCAAUAACAGAGACCCUUAAGUCAUUCUCUCUUAUCAUUUUCUGACCAGCCAACUGUCACCUGGAUCGUCAAGCCUCCUCAAGACCACCUGACCAAACAUGAUGAGUCACAUGACUGGAAGCCCGUUCUCCUCUCUUCUUCUCACUUUCUAAUUGAAGGGGAAAUUGUGUAUUCUCAAGCAUAGCAACAAAAUGAGGAUGUCAUUUGAGAAAGCAACAAAAUAACAAGAAGAGUCUUGAUUUAGACUUGAUUGUUAGGGUGUAGAUAGUAGGCAAUAUUCAUGCUACCCGUUAACAAUCAAGUAGUCUGAGAGCAGAGGAAAACAUGCAAAGAAAUGGCGGGGAAUGGAUCUGAUGUGGUCUACGUAAUAUAGCCCUACAGUUAGCGAAUAUCAAAAUAGGACAGACAACACGCAACUUUUCCUUGAGCGUACGAGAAGCAUAAAGUCCCACAAUUAUUUCUGAAUUACACUGAUAAAGCUAUGAUACCAUAUUGCCUUUAACGGAGGAGAAAAAAAGUGGAUAGUUAGUUAGAUUUAAACCCAUUUUGAGGACACUAGUCACACCACAGGUAGAAUGUCUCAGAAGUGAAAACGCCCACUGGAAGAGAGUGAGAUGAAUAGAUAGAGAUAAAACAGAGGAUAGCCAGUAACGGGUGUCCAUUUUGGUAGCAAAGGAAGAACAAAAAAAAAAAAUAGUAGUCCAAAACCUAAGAAAACUCAGAGACGACAAUGAAAGUCAGAUCUGUUAAACUGUUUCUAGUCUAUCUCAAUACAACAUUCAUGUGCUAUAUGUAGGCCACAUUGAAAUAGACAUUUUUUGCUUUAGGUUUUUUCUCCUGUAAACACUGGCUGUGAAACAAUCCCUUCCAAGUGCAACCCUACUAUGAAUGAUAAAAGAACAAAAUUCACAGUCCUUGCGUUUUAAUGUUUAGCCUAAGCUAAUAUGAAGCUUCAGCAGCCUCCAUUAGCCUCACUAACAUUUGCUAAACUCCUCUCCCGAAUAGCAGGCCUCCCAUCAUAGUUUAACAGCAAUAACUAGGCAUGGCCGAUCUGUCAAGUGUUGUGCAUAGGGCUGUAGCAGAAGGGAUACUCUGCUUAUUUUAUAUAGUAGUAGCACAAUACCAUCUAUAUAAGCAAGGGUAUAUUACAAAGUUUUCUACUACAGGCAAACAAACAAAAUGUCAGCCAAGGUUUGUCAUAAGUCAUAAACAUCUCUAUCAGUUUUACCCAUAUGACAUGAAUGAGCAGAAAGAUGCACCACUCAACCAAUGGCAUGAUGGGAAAAAUUAGGGAAAAUCAUCCUGCAUUUGGUUAUUUCCAGAUGUUUACCAGCCCUGCUAGCCUUGUAGUGACAUCAUAUAAAUAGACUAAUUUUGUUCCUUUUGCGGUGUUACAUAUUUGGAGCGGCUUGUUAACAAGUGAAACAAGACAAAAACAAAACGCUGCUCUUAAAUGAGCUGAAUCUACGGUAUUAGCAGUAGUGUUCAUGUUUUUGCCAGCAGUCUGCUGACAUUUCUGUAGUUCUAGCUAGUAAGUUUUAGCAAGUGGGAGAUGACACUACUGGUAAAUUCCUGAUACCGCCAACUCUGAAUCACAGUUAGACGUUUUUCCGACAGCUGUUUUUUCUGCCUGUAAUUACGGUUUGAAACUAAAUCCACAUAUUAACUUCAGCUGAACUUUUUUUCACUGUGGUUUUGUCUCCUAUAUCUUAUAAUGGAGUCACUUUAAGAAGGGAUGACUCCACAGCCAGUAUGGAGAGGAGGAAUAAUUACAGUGUCCGACAUCUCUAAUAUUAGUGUAGACAUGUGAAUAUUGUAUGAAAGGCUUGAAACAAGUCCAAACCUAUCCUUUAACUGAGAGGAGAAUUAUAUUCCAUGAAAUUAGAGUAAUAGAAGAUAGAUGAUGAUGGAAGUCUGGAAUUUAAAAAAAAAGAGGCUGGUCAAACAGGACAACCAAGUGUUUGUAGUCCGACAAUUAGGCAACCAAAACCCUUCUUAUGUUCCUUUUUGUUUACCAAGAACGAAUGCGGAACGAUGCAGCGUGACCCUCCGUUCUGCCUCUCUGAAAGGAGAGUUGGAGGGAGGACAGAGAGAGAGAGGCAUGUGAAGAUGAACAGAUAAUGUACUAAAGCAAGCAAGCAAGAAAAAGGGACUCGGGUGUGUCUGUUGUUAGAAAAACUCUUUGCCCAUACUGCCUGGAGGAGGUGGGGGAUGGGGGGAGUGCCCACUUCAUCAAGAAUGAAACUUUGCUUAUUUUAGUUUUUACUUUCCAUACCUUCUUUUUUCUACUCUGCUCUGGGCUUUCUCUCUCUCUCUGUUUUUUUAAAUGAUGAUGUGUUUGCCACCAGCAAAAUAGAGGGCGGCACUAACCAUGUGAAUGUCAAAAGCUUUUUUGAAAAAACUGCAAGAGUGUAAACAUAUUUUUGUUUCAUAUAUUUAUUGAACAUGUAUUUAUUUAUCUAUUUAUUUAUUUAUUUAUUUAUUUAUUUAUUUAUUUAUUUAUUUAUCUAUUUAUCUAUUUAUCUAUUUAUCUAUUUAUUUACUUGUCAUGUUUUUUUCCUGAAUCGAAAAGCAGGAGAUGGGUGAAGACAGGGAAAUGUCACUUUAAAGAUGUCUGACACUGCAGAGCAAACCAGCUUUCCUUGAGAAAACCUAUAAAACAGCUCCUCUCCUUUUUCUUUAACAUUCUGAAAAUUGUUGCUGCAAAAGUACCUUUUAGCUUUUUUUUUUUUUCACUUUUCACUGUUUGCUACCCUUGGUGUUCACAUUUUAUGAAGAUUCCACACACACAGUGAGAGAUAAACUUAAUGUGGACAUUUAUGUAUUAGAACAAAAGCCUCUACCACCAGAUAUUUAUCAGUGCUGAGUCGUUCACUUCUUCAGGCAUUUGAUCAGUUUGUUUUGUGUGUCCCUUCAUUUGGGUGUUAUUCAGGUAAUUGGAACCUAAAUCAGGAUGCAAAGCUGCUCGAAUGUUACAGAAUUAGUUCAAAGACUUUUUAACCAGGCUAGUGACGUGGCAAAUAGGUUUGUCGGUUGGUCCACCACUUUGCAGACUGAAAUAUCUCUGCUGGAUUGCCAUGAAAUUUUACAUCCGUGAUCCCCAGAGAAUAAUUAGACAUGGGUGGUCCUCUGACUUUUUUUAUCUAGCGCCAUCAUCAGGUCAAAAUUCAAAUUUGUCCAUUACAUUGUUUUAUGACCAAACACCUGAUAUUUCCACCUGCCUUGGCUGCACUUUGUGUUUAGAGCUAACUUGAAAUUGUUAGCAUGCUAACAAGUAAAACUAAGAAGGUGAACAUGGCAAACAUAAACAGCAGCAUGUUAUAAUUGUCUUGGUGAGCAUGCUUGCAAUACUGAAUUUAGUAUUUAGCUCAAACUACCACUAGCCUUACAGAGCAGCUAGCUGUAGACUUUUAGUCUUGUUCAGAGUGCAAAAUAAUUCAUGAAUAGUGACUGCAAACACACAUGAAUUUCCUGGUCAUGUCCGUAACUUGAGAAACAUUUUUUCAUGCAAACCAACACUCCACUGAAACCAUAUCUUAUAGUCUCUUCACACACUCUGCACACUGACACAGCUGGACAACAAUGGAAAUAAACAACAUUCAUUUGCAGUUAUUUUUUUUGUAGUGUUUGGAAAAUUGUACUUAAACGUCCUAGAAUAUUUUAAUCAAGGGAUUAACAUCCAAAUGCAAACAGAUUUUUUAAUUAUACAUGCAUCAUUGCCAUCGGUGAGGUUUUUGCAUGGUGUCCUAAUCAUUUUGGUAAACUUUGAAAAACUAUGUGACAGUUCUUUUUUUUUGCACUUUUAAGUGGCACAGCACCCUCAACGGACACAAACAAAGAUUUUCAGCCUGCGCUGGUUUAACAGUGGAUUUAAAUGUGUUUUCUCCCUCUCAUUUAAUCACAGGAUUUCUUUAUCCAUCCUGCAGCUCAAAGUGAGAAGAAAGUGAGGCACACAUCUGAAAGGUCAAAGGUCAGGGAGGUUUAAAGUCACAUAUUCACAUACACAAAAGAGAGCAUUAAGUCAUAGUCUUUUCUCCUUUUUUUUAUUUUACACUCAAGGUCAGGGUCAAGUUCACCUUACAUCCACUUUCAGAAAGAAAGGAGUUAGUUAAAGGAUAGAAACGUGAAGAGGCAAAGGCAGAAAGAAAGGCUGGAACUUUGCUCUACUCUGAGCAAACUCUGCAUCUAAUCCAUUCAUAGUCACAAUGGGACCCUCGGCACGUUUGCGGCUGAGAGACUCCCACCCUCGCAAAAAUUCUCCUAUUGAAAGAAAUCUCACCCCUCCUUCCCUCAAUCCUCCUUUAACCCCCCCUCUCCCCCCUCAACUUUACAUUUUCUACUCCCCCCAUCAUUCCUCCUCUUUGUGUCUCUUGAAUCCUGCUCCACACCCAUCCUUGUCCCAGCUGCACAUAUCUCAUCCCCUUAUAUAAUCAUUCCCUCCUCCCCUCCCUUUGUAUACAUUUUAUACGCUGUAUACUUCAACGCAGAUACUGUAUACAUUUGUAUACACUGCAUUCCUGUCUCUGUCUCCAUUGUAUGCCAUCCAUAUCUAUGUAGCAUUCACUAUCUUUUAUCGACACUGUAGUCACCGUACCAACUCUUCCUCUCAUUAUUAUUGCUCAUUCUUCUUCUGCAGUUAGAAUUGUACGACUAUAAUCUCUUGUCUCCCACCCAUGUUCACCUCCAUCCCCAACCUGCCACACCCCACCCAUGACCAACCCCCCAAAUCUUGUGAACCUCCACUCCACACAGUAGAAAAAGUUUCACUCUGGAGGAAUUCGUGACCUCAGAAAAACUCGAGAGAAAGGAGGAGGAGGUGUGGGGGGGAGGGUGGGUCGAGAAAACUGCUAACACAAUUAUUGAUGAUGAUGGCGGCAACGACGAAGAGAAAUGUCUGUAGUAUAAUUACAAAAAAGGAAAAGUGCACUAUUAUGACAAUGAUUAUUAUUGCCUGUGAAAAAUACUGACCAAUAAACAACAGUGGAAAUACA